CAUGGCCUGCUAAACCACGGAGGAAGCUACUGAGCUAGGCGGUCCGGGACACCACUCCAGAACACACACACACACACACACACACACACAAACUGGCAGCUUUGCUUCUAUUUUAGCUGGACAUUUACGUCAGUUUCGUUUCUGCCGGUAACGUUACAGUCUGUUUAACACCCGUAUUUAUGACAGUGGCGUGUUCAUUUCAAUUUCUUUCCUAACAACUUGUUGUUAUUGACAAACUUCACAUUACGCUUGAACUAAUAUUCACCUCUGACAUGUUUUACUUAACGUCAUAACUUGAGGUUUACUUUUCUAAAAUGAGGAACUGACUUCAUUGACUUUAUUGUAAACAUAGUGUUACUUUUGGAUAAAUGUCAUUGUCUACUCGCGCUGCAGUGUCUUCAAAUGGACUUGAGCUUGCACGACAGACGCUGAACAUUCCGCCUAACCCAGCGCAGCAACCAAGUUGUCCCAUCGCAUCAUGCAUCCCACCUGAUGGCCUCAACAGAUUCUGUUUGGAAGAAAAGGAACGAACUGCAAAGCUGUGCUGAGAAAUGGAUAUUUCAAGGCUUGUAAGGGAAUCCAACUGAAAGUGGACUAUUUCCCUCAGAUGGACCCAAGGACAUUGGUAAUGACCUCUGGACCAGAGGAGCUUCCUUUUCAGCAAAAUGAGUUAUUUGAAAGUGACUUUUCAAACUCUGUAGCUCAAGUGAACUUUGGAUUAAAUUCAGAAUCCUGUUUAGCAGACUUGAGCUCUGGCUAUGACGGUGAGAAAGGCUCUUGGGGACAGCCGUGGCAAGGUGGUGAUGGCAAAUUGGCAAGUCACCUGCCUAUAAAAGCACAAUGUGAUAGCUUAGACAUAUUCUGCAAUGAGCUAUCCACACCAGGAUAUCCACUCUUUUCCACCAUUUCAAAUGAACUAUUUAGCCAAGAAGGAGCACUGUCAACUUCGUCAUCUUUGGAGUUCAACUCGGAGGUCUUCAUGAAUCCUGGUAUGGCACAAGCCACCCAAGCAGCUGCGGUCAAACACUCUGACCAAAACACCUUUGGUGGAUUCAGUUCUAAUGAACAAGUUAAUUCAUUUGCUGCUAAGCCUGUUGGAGAUUCAAACCCUUAUGAUCUUAUGGCAUCAUGUAGCCGACAAACUGAAAGUUGUACUGGAGAGCACUGUGAAAAUUUUGAAGUCGCCCUUGAGAGACCUGACGGUGAAGAGGAGAUGGAAACUAACGUGGAGGAAAAUGAGGGCCAGUCCAUGAUGGAUUUAGACCUCAAUGAAUCCACAGAAAAGUGUCCGUUACUUUCAACAAAAGACGACGAUCAGAUCGCAGGGACAGAUGUGGAUGAUGCGAUUACAAUGAACAGUAACGGUAGUCAGAUCGUAACAAACAAUGUGGAUGGUCCGAUCCCAACAAAUGAUGCAGACGAUUUCCUCGCAACAAACACCGUGGACGAUUCGAUCACAACGAACACCGUGGAUGGUUCGAUCUCAACAAGGGAUGUCAAGGAUUUGAUCACAACAAACACUGUGGAUGGUUCGAUCACAGCAAAGGAUGUUGACGAUUUGAUCACAACAAAUGAUGCAGACGAUUUCCUCGCAACAAACAAUGUGGAUGGUUCAAACACAACAAGUGAAGAGGACGCUCAGAUCACAACAAGCAACGUGGACGAGCCAAUGACAACAACAAAUAAGGACGAUGAUCGGAUCACAACAAAUGAUGUGGAUGAUCCGAUAACAAAUGAGGAGGGCGAUCGGAUCACAACAAAUGAUAUGGAUGAUCCGAUAACAAAUGAGGAGGGCGAUCGGCUCACAACAAAUGAUAUGGAUGCUCGGAUCAUGACAAAUGACGUGGACGAUAGGAGUGCUCCAGAGAUGAUGGAACAAGACCCCCAUCCCAAUCAGAACCCUGGAAAUGAUGUGAGCAAACCACCAUCACCUCUUAACUUAGCUGCCAUAGAAACGAACAACGCAUCGCCUCUGACAGAAAUGUUCGAGCCACUGUCAGGAAUGACUUCAUCUGACACGGAAGAAGCCGUCACAGAGCCAAAUGAAGUUGAUGGCACCGCUCCACCAUCAGAUGAGCAGUCCAAAGUAACAAGUCUCGGACAUUCUCAUGAAAGGUACAGAUUCCAUCCUAUAGUGAUCAUCCAGCAAAACGAGCCAGUUAAUCCAACAAGUUACGUAUUCCAAUGUGCAACAUGCAAGCACUUAGCCAGGAGUGCAGAUCUCCUAAUAGAACACCACUACAAUUGCCACCCAAUAAGCAGUCGUAGCGCAGUCGCACAUGAAGAUGCUCAAGAUGAUAUUUGUAGUGUAGCCAAUGCUAGCCUGCCCCGCACUCCUUCUGGCGCGAAGAAAGCAAAAUUCAAAGGGCCUUAUCGUUGCGCGAAAUGUGGGAUUGAGUUUGCAAAAUUUAAUCCAUAUGUGUCACACAUGCGUGGACACACUGGAAAGACUCCCUUUGUUUGUGAGGUAUGUGGCCGUUAUUUUGCUCAAGCUGGGGGGGUACGGAGACACCAGCUACAAACCCGUAUAUGUCGCCCCUUAAAUCAUGUACGUAGUGCUAAAAACUUAAGCAAGCUCGCUGAUUUACGUCAACCAUCUCAAAGAGAAGUGGCCGCAGAAACAAAUGGUGAAAAAAUGCCUGAAUGCUAUGUUAAACUUCGAAAGAUAACCAAAGUCCAUGAAUGUAAAUAUUGUCAAAAAACCUUUUUAUCGCUGGUGAAGGCCAAAAAGCAUCAACAAACUGAACACAAAGGCGCAACAUCCUCUCAUAUCAUUACAAAGCGCAUUUUGAAACAAGAAAAGGCAUCUCCAGAGACAGAGUAUACAUUCAAAUGCCCUCUUUGCCCUCGCUUUUUCAAGUACAGUUUCAAUCUGGGUCGUCAUCUCCGUAAAUGUGUCGGGGAAAAAAUCUCAAAAGUCCAUGAAAAAGUUGGAAAUAAAUACCAGUGUCCUUUGUGUCCUGUCACAUUCACGAUGACUUCCAAUCGAUACAGGCACAUAAAAAACUUUUGUCUCAGAAAGACCUUAAGUCGACUGUCAAAGGAUGAGUUUAAUUUUUCGAAACAUACAGAGCAGGAGAAAGUUAAUGUGCAAAGACCCAAGAGCGGCACAAACAAAGGGGAAAGUGAGUCCAAAAAGUAUGUGGCGAGACGGAAGACUCUCCCAUUAAAGGAGCUUAAAAAUGCACCAAAAUUCAAAUGCCGUUUCUGCCCAGCUGUUUAUCAGUAUGGGUCUGGGAAGUCCAGACACAUGAAAAAACACAGACUAGCUAUGCUUACUGGGGACAAGGUUAGAGAUGGAGAGCCAGGCACACUCGUGACGGUCGUGAAUCAGUCUGAAAAGAGCGAAUCAGGGGCACUGCCGAGGUGUCGUAUUUGCCAAAAACGAUUUAGCACAUGGGAUUCAGUUAGAACACACGAGCUCAUUCACAAAGGUGUUCAACCGCAUGAGUGUGAAAAAUGUCAGAGACGGUUUAAAAAUCGCUCUUACCUGAUUGAGCAUAAAAGUGUCCAUGAGGGGAGGAUACUGUGCACAGCAUGCCUGAAGGUUCUUCCAACCAUUGGAGAACUUAUUCAACACUGUAAGUUGCAUCAUCAAAGUGGCAAUGGCAAUCUUCGAUGCCCAGAUUGCAUGCAUUACUAUAAGGACUUGACUACUUUCCUGAGGCAUCUAGAAACCCUGAAGAUAGAAACUAAGGAUAGUAAAACACCAGAUCGAGAAGGCAGUGUUUUGAAACUACCUCCUGACAAUACAGCGCGCCCCAACCGAAAAACCAUUCCCCAAAACACGCAUGUCAAACCUAAAAAGUGUGAAAUCUGUCAAGCUGAGUUUACAAAGAAAAACAUGCUUUUUGGACAUCUGUUAGGCCACAAAUUGAACACCCUGAUCAAGUGCAAACGUUGCGGGCAGUGCUUUGGACGUAAAAGAAUAAACUUCCAUGUCAUGACAUGUCGGAAUGACCCUCCUCCACCUCCCAAAGUUGAGCCCCCCGUUGUAGUCACUGUAAAAAAUCAUUCUUUUCGGUGUUCCACUUGUCCACGCACAUUUGGCAAGAAAUACCACCUUUAUCGUCAUCUUAAUGGCCAUGCGGCAAAUUCAUUGAUUCUUUGCAAUACUUGUGGACAAUACUUUGGGAAGAGUAAACUGGACGCCCAUAUGAAUACUUGCUCGCAAAAGCCUGAAGAACCUGUUGCCCCUGCAGCUAUUGCAGCAGCUGUUGCACCUGCAGCUAAGGCUAUUCCACCUCCCAAGUAUACUUAUCCUUGUACGAUCUGCCCACGAAUGUUAGGUAAAAAAGAUCGGCUGCUGGCUCAUCUCAUAGCACAUGAAAAGAACACUCUGACUUGUUGUCCCUUCGGAUGUGGACAGUACUUUCCACACAGAAAACUCCCUGUACAUCAGAACAGAUGUGUUAUGUCACUCAAGCCCAAGCCCCCUCAAGUAAAGCCCAAGCCCAAGCCCCCUCAAGUAGAAAGUAAACCACCCGUUGUUCCCAAUGUCCAAGAAACCCCUUCACAGUCUGUCACAAAAAAGCCAGUGUUUAAGUGCCUCCAUUGUAAUCAGGAUUUCAAGUUUAAAUCGGAGCUACUCAGGCAUUCAGUUAAACAUAGUGGUCUUCAACCCUACCCUUGUUCUCGUUGUGGACAACGAUUUCGUAGUCGUACUUUGGCCACACAGCAUAUGGAAAUCUGUCAUAAGGUUGAGCCAGAUUAUCCAGCGCAUGAUGAUGGUACAAAGGAGUCAUGCGACCCGUCCCCAUCACAGGUGGAAUCGGCAAAAGAAGCUGACUUGCGGUACAAAUGCACAUUUUGCAACAAAUGCUUCCUGAAGGCAAGAAGCCUGAGAAAUCAUAUUCUGACACACAAUGAGGCCAAACCCUAUCGUUGCAAGUCAUGUCAAAGCUCCUUUUCAAGGUUUGACCAUCUUAAGGUGCAUCAGGCCAGUUGUAAAGUAAAAAAAAUGCGAUUGGAAAUCUGUAUACCCAAACUAUCUCUUGAUGAUGUUGCCCAAGGUUGGAAGAGUUCCCUCGACAAAGGUCCCAUGGAAUCUCAAGAGACCCCCCAGUGCAAGUUUUGCUUUAAGUCGUUUCCUGCCUUGUCUACCCUUAACAGACACAUCACCCUGUUUCAUACUGUUAAACACUUUAAGUGCAAGCAAUGUAGCGCUACUUUCAGUCAUGAAAAAUCUUUGAAGUGGCACAUGAAGAACAUGUGCAAGGGCGUCCUGAAAAAGCGAUCUUCAAGAAAUCAUUCUUUGAGCACUGCAGAUAAACCCCUUGACAAAUUGAGAAAUGUCACUCUGAAGAGGCCUCAGAUAGACUUGAAGUCAAUGGCAGACCACACUUGCACCUACUGCUCCCUUUCUUUUGCAAACGCAUCCUCGUUAAAAAAUCACAUGCAGUUCCACAGUUCCGUGUGGCCGUUUUCAUGUCAAUAUUGUGGUGAACGGUUUCCAAGGAAGGAUUAUGUGCAGCGUCAUCACUUGAAGUGCGCAAAGUUCCUCGAGAAAUCCAAAGAACCGUGUGGUAGCUCCCAAGACAAACCAGGCGAGGACCACGCAACGGAGGAGAAGUGCGACCAGGGCUUUUCGUGCGCCUACUGCACUUCACGCUUUUCAUUGUUCUCUCAACUUCAAGAGCACUUCUUAAAUGUGCACCAACUUGAAACAACUGAUCAACCAGUGAGGACGGCUUCUUUGCAACAUCAUCUAUCCAACAUGUCAGGCUUAGACAAGAGCUCUGAUCAAAAGCAGCUCAAUGAAAAGCUUGGUAGUACAUCCAAUUUAACAUGUGAGCUGGAUACAAUUCUCACUGUAGAGACGCCCAGGCCAUUCCAGUGCACAACAUGCGGCAAGACCUUGGGAAAUAUCAGUGCGUAUCAGGCUCACUUACGGGUACAUACAGCUCCCUAUUUUCACUGUCCUGUAUGUCGAAAGGGAUUCUGGAAUAAGAUGGCUCUCCGCAAACAUAAAAGGAAGUGCAUGCCAAAAGAUGUCCCGGCUGGGAAUCGUGUGAAUAAUUCUGAAGCAAAAGUUGAUCAGACUGCAGCUGACUCGCAGCUUUCCUUUGACAUCUCCACCAAAACGACAUCCCCCUCCGUUGUAUUAUCUACCAAAGGUAAUCCGGAGAAGAGCCGAAAAAGCCAAAAGGAGGAGGUGCGUUACCAAUGUUCUGAAUGUCACAAGUCCUUCACAGAUGGAUUGUUGCUUAUAACACACCUGGAAGACCACAGGAGAGAAGAGCUCGAUAUAAAGCGACACACCUGCUCCACGUGCGGCAAAAUAUGUGAUAGCCAAGCAAACCUGGUUCAACACAUGAGGGUCCACUAUAAUAGUAAGAAAUACUCUUGCCCAGACUGCACAAAGGUUUUGAACACCCAGUCUGAACUUGACAACCAUAGAGCCUUUCAUGAUCCAACAAGAGCAUAUGCUUGCAAGCUGUGCACGUAUAGGUUCAACUCCGGGCCGACUUUAUGCGCGCAUUAUGCUGAAGAGCAUCCAAAUGAAAUGCUCAAGUGUCGUUUUUGCAACAGGAGCUAUAGUGCCGAAACUUCGCUCAUGAGACACUAUAAAAAACAUCAUAAAAAUGAGGUCAAGAAUAAUGUUCCUCCACUGGCCAACAGCCAACAGAUGGUAGCUGAUGACGGUGAAGACCAAACUGGUGAGGACAGCGACUCAGACACGGCUCCCUAUUUUCCAUGCCACGUAUGCGGCAAGACAUUCACAACAUCGGAAUCCCUAGAAGAUCACCAACGGUGUCACCUCGGAGAGAAACCGCACGAGUGUGCCGAGUGUGGCAAAUGCUUUUUCCUGGCGGGACAGUUAGAGCAUCACCAGAGAAUACACAAGUCGGAAUUUCAGUGUCAACUGUGUGGGAAGGGCUUUGUCUCUCAGUUUGCCUUACGCAAACACAAGAACACUCAUGGCAAGAGUCGGGCCCAUCGCUGCACCAAGUGUCAGCUCACGUUUACUGGAGCCUCUCAGUUAGCAGUGCACAUGGCUAGCCAUCGUGAGGAAAACUUUCCUUGUGACAUUUGUGAUCGGGUUUUCAACUCUAAAAGCAGCAGAUUUGAACACAGAAAAACUCACACAUCUGAGACGAUGCCAAUGUCAAGUCCAAAGAAGUCUGAGAGCGCAGCGUUACCUCUGCAGUAUCGCUGUGGUGACUGUAAUGAGUGCUUUGGAGAAUCAGAAGCACUCUUGGAGCACGGUUGCAAAGUGGCUGAAGAACGACGGUACAAAUGUAGUGCUUGUCAUAAGAAUUUCUUACAGGCAUCUCAUUUGAUCAAACACCUGUCGACUGAACAUCCUGAUGUUCAGCAUUCAACUGACUCACUGACAUUAGACCUGAAGAAAGAAAUGGAUCACUCGACUGACUUCAUUUGCUCUGUGUGCAAGCUCAGCUUUACCAACGGCGACGAAUUGAGCAAACACUUUUCCACUCACUCGAGUGGAAUUUGUAUCAAAAAGGAACAGCCCUCUACUCCAGAAGCUGAAAUCCACUGUCUAGUCUGUAAUUGCAGCUUUUUGGGAAGCAAAGCCUAUGAGGUGCACGUGUGCUCUAAACAGAAAACCCAACCGUCAGUAAAGAACGCCCAGGUUGCAUUGAGAACUGCAAGAGAGGAUGAAGACGUGGAUGUGAUCAGUGGCGACCUGUACAACUGCACAGACUGCACCAUGUCAUUCCCCUCUCAAAGUGCCCUCCUGGAGCAUCGUACUGUCCUUCAUGAGAAUGACAGACCCUACAGAUGUCGGCUAUGUCAGAAAACCUUUGCUUUCAGGCAUUACCUUAAGAAACACAUGAAAAGACAUCUUGCUAAACAGGACUCGACAAAGCAAACACAUGAGGUAGAAAAGGAGUUCCAGUGUGACCAGUGUGGCGCAGCCAUGGCCUCAGAACAUGAGCUUUCCUUGCAUAUGAGUCUCCAUGUUCAACAGGGGGAAGGUCUUUACAGCUGCGAUUUGUGUCUCGAGACCUUCAAACACUGGUCACUUUUUAAACAGCAUCAGGAAAGCCAUAUGGGUCAAGUUGUGUACGAGUGCAAUGAAUGUGACAAAGCCUUUGCUUUUCCUGAUUUAUUGGAAGAGCAUCAGCAAAUGCAUGCUUCACAUCGGUGAACCGUGAAGUAGGUCAACCUUUGAUGCCUUUUUUUGGUAGUUUCUUAGUUCACUGAUGUUAAGUUCCAGUACUUUUUUUUAUAUAUUUGACCUGAAACAUGUUUGCUAUUUUUGAUUUUACCAUGGUUUGAUUCUACCUUUCUUGAAAAGCCCUAAAGUUUGGGUCAAAUGUCUUUGUUUUGUGUUAAUAAAAAUGUCUUUGUUUCUAUGGCACGACUCCUCUUACUGUGUUGGAAAAAGUUUUGCUUGUUUCCAAUUUUGUAAAGUUCUUCUUCGAUCGGGUAUCUUACAUUUGGGGAACAUCUGUUGUAAAUAAUGUUUAAGAAUGUUUUUUGUUGAUUCUCAUUGUCCAUUGUUGGAGAGAAUAAAUUU